UCAGCGUCAGCGAGAGAAGCUCAGUUGUGCGAGCGCGGCCGAGAGGAGAGGGGUCGGUAUGGGAGCUUGCGGGUAACGCUAAUGUACAGUACUUGGCCGCGUCGACGAUUACGUGCAAUUUUUGUGCUUCGAGGAGAGUACGAAAACGAGGAGCUAUACAGUGAAUGUGUGUGAUUGUGGUUUCUUUGUUGUGGGUGCUUCGUUGUCGGAUAAUUGUCUUGGCCGUGAAAAACAUCACAAAAAAUCGGGAUCACCAACUUCGAUGCGGGAGUUGUGUAUCGAAGACAUAGCCAUGAGCACAAGGGUGGCGCUGCCGAUGUUUUUGGGCUGCAGAAUGUCGGAGCUAAGACGACACCUCGUCCCGAGCCCGACACCAAGUCAGGACCACUCGGCUCAAGAGGCUCAGGUCCGGAGAAAUCUAUUUGGACCCAUAGACCACGAGGAGAACCUCAAAUUCGUCCAAGACGAGCUCGCCAAGAUCGCUCAGUGCGACCGGCAGAAGUGGAACUAUGAUUUCGAGACUGACAGGCCCCUGGAGGGACGUUUCCAUUGGGAGCCCGUGAAGGAAGGGGUUCCUCAAGCCUACGAAAUGCCAAGACUCGAUUACUUGAGCACGAAAGCAAUCACAGCCACCACCAGCACCUCAGUCACAACCAUCUCCUCUUCUUCCUCCUCCUCCUCUAACAACACUAGUGUGUCGUCACCCAGUGUGUCUAGUGUACCUGAGUGUUCAACCCCAACAAUAAAAACAUCACCUGCAACACCCAAAAAUACAGUAACCUCCUCCUCCUCUCCAACAACCCAAACCUCUGAAAAACCCACCUUCACCAAAACCUCAACUCACAAUCAACCUAGUUGUAGCUCAGACAGCCAAUCCAGUAGUGAAAUCGUAGUGGUUAAAUCUAAUAAGUGUAAUAAUACCAGAGGCGUCAAGAGAACUCUUAGCUCCGUUAGAAAUAGCAGAUCGAAAUCGGCCAAGACUUCCCCUUCGUCGUCCGCAUCACCUGGUGCCACGUCUUCGCAACCCAAAGUUACUGCUUUCAUGAGAAUCAAGAAGAGAGCGGCCCCCACCAAAAGGGACGACGACCAGCCUCCGGCUUUGGUCAAGAGACCCAAAACCACCACUUCAUAACCCCCUGCGAGGAACCAUCCAGACGAUGCCGCCCUUGGAAACGCCCCCCUCAUCCCCACGAGCUCCCAUCCCACCACCAGAAGCGAGGGAGCGAACACUGCCGCCGCCGCCCCCAUCUGCAGAAUGGAAAGCAAGACGGCUGCUGCCACGGGCGCGGGGUCGGGAGGAGCAUUUCCAGGAUUCUGGAAGGAGGAGGAAGGCGUUGUGGAAAGCUCGCAGUCUGGAAGACGACCCUCCUUUUCGAAAUAGCAAGACUGUGAUAACAUAUUCUGUGGGGCGGAUGACAGGGGCGCGUCCUUCCCUCCCUCCCCUUGCGAGGGGAGAACGUCUUACCAGAGAUGAUGUUCUUCACUACGGUGUGUCGCUGAAGAAGGACGGCGAGGGGUUGAUGAUGAGCCGGCCCCCACCUCCCUCCCCUUCCCCCUCCCUCCCUGCCUGCCUGCCUGCCUGCCUGCAUCCCCAGUCGUCACUGCUUUCAAGAUCUCAAGCUCAACGAAGCUAAGCGAAACUGCCGGUGCCUCUCGGUGUCUGGUCCUCGCGGCCGCCCGCCACUUCUGCCGAGGAGGGUAGUAGUAGUAAUAGUACAUGAUGAGGAGUAGAGGAAAGUGCAAGUGUUCAGGUAUGGGAGAGAAAGAGAGUGAGUGAGAGAGAGCGAGAGAGAGAGAGAGAGAGAAGGAGUGCGAGUGGCAGGGAAAAAAGGGAAGGGAAGGCCAAUAUGAAAGUGGGGCGUCUGGAAAAGAAGAAAGAAAUUCUCCAAUAGUGCUCACGAUGCUCCUCAUGCCGAACACAGACUCGAAAAACAGACACUAGAGCCCAAAGUGAAGUUGACUUUGUGAAUACGACUUCAGAGUGCCUCGUCUCAAAUGAUCCACCGUUGUUCUUUUUGAUUUUUCAAUUUUUUUUAUUAUAUUUAUUUGACAAUAACCCUCAUAGACCUGGCCCUCCCUGGUACCCUCGCCCUUACCCUCAAGUGGCCGGCCCUUUGGACCUUCGUAACAAACAUUUAUGAUCUCAGCAUAUUUUGAAACAUUGUUUUUUUUUUCUGUAAAUACCAACUGUAUUUAUUAUUUCUUGUGUUAUACAAUUUGGGUGUGCCUGUGUGCCUAAGUCUUGUAGUAACUGUCCGUUUUUGGGUAUGCCUUGGAGCGUGUACUCUGACCCGAAAAAAGGGGGUAUGAAAUUGAAGCCCAUUCCCUCACGAAAGGAGGAAGCGAUCACAAGAGGCGUCUGCUGUGUUUUGACAUUGUUCCCAAAGAAGCUUCCAAGCCCAAGAGCGCGAGAGUCGUCUGCCUUCUUGUGAUUUUGCCUUGUUGUUGUAGUAUUGAACCUCGGAUGCUGUGUGCGUGUGAUUGAGAGAGAGAGAGAGAGAGAGAGAGAGAGAGAGAGAGAGAGAGAGAGAGAGAGAGAGAGAGAUGAGAUAUGCUUCUUUGUGCACAGUGUAUUUAUCUAAUGGUUCGACACGUGUCACUUGUCAUUUUGUUACUCCACCAUAUUCAGAUCUCAUUUCUGAACAUUGGCCUUUUUAUAUAUAUUUCUCAGUAUGUUUAAACAGAGGUAAAUCUGCAAACAUUUAAACAGUACAAAAUUUUUUUUGUGUAGUUAUUUAUAACUAUAUUCUUUUAAUUUAUUUAGAAUCGAGGUGUUUGCAUAUAUGGGUUCUCAUCUCACACGAGGGAAUAAGAAACAGCACACACCCUUCAGUGUAACCUGUUUAUUAUUUUAUGUUAAGCUUCUAAGCUCAAUAUUUGCUGUUGUUUUUAAGCCCUGAUUUCUGUCAAGUUGCUCAUGGCUCAUAGAAGCACACCUUUAAUAAUUGCCCUAAUUUAUGGUAUUCUAAGUACUUCACCUCUGCGUGACAAGUACUACAGCACUUUUUUUAUUUUAUUUUUUUCUCCCUUGCAUUAUUUAUGAAAGGAAUUUGAUCUCGCUGGUGACUUGGUCCAGAACUUAGUAGCUCAAUUUUUGUGAAUUUCCCGGAGAACAAAAAUUUGUGGAUCCUUGUGAAUCUUCUGCAGUUUGAACAAAGCAAGUGGACUUGGACUACUGUCCCUUACACUGUGGUGUUUGUCAUUGACUUCAUAUAUAAUUAACUCAUAGUUUUGCCCAAUCGUUUGAGCAGUAGCCAUUUGGAAAAGAAAUUUCAGUAUACAGUUGUGAUAAGAGGUGGUUUACUUUUAACAUGGCAGCCAUUACAUAUACCUUUAAGUAAUACUAAUCAAUAGUCAUGUAUAAAAACCUAUUAUUGUUUCCCUGCCCCAUCUAAGUAUUUAUUUAAAGUAGUGUUAUUUAUUGCAGUGCUAUUUAUUAGGUGUUAUGAUUAGUCAAGUUAUACAAGGAGAUCACUUUCCGAGCAAAUGGAAGGAGCUUAUAUAAUAUAGUCCAGAUUUUGGAACUCUCGUUUGUUUCUGGUUUGACUGUUACCUGCCACUGAUAUCACGAUACAAAGAUAAAGUUGUCGAACAAUUGAUCUCAUUUAUAAAGCAGCAUGAAAAUAGUUAUUUAAUAAUAAUAAUAAUGUUCUGUUUAAAGAACUGAAUUUGAAACCUUCAACUCACCGAGCUGCGCUACGACAGAUGAUGUCGUCUGUUCAUUGAAGCCAGUUGCUGACCGGUGAGUCAUUGUAGGGUUCAUUCAGUUCCACAAAGCUAUUGACUUUCUCUGUUUGUACUCAUCAUCGCUUUUUCAUCUAUCUAAGAAACAUGAUCACUGACGUGUGUGUGACAUUAUAAUAAUCAUAGUAAGGAGUCCGGAGACCUAUCUUGGAGGAUCUUCAGAACACUUUUACAUGUGACUAGCUGCUAUGUCUACCCAAUAUUUUUAUUUACCUGUUAACUUUUUCUCGUUUUACUCUGAUCGUAAGGCCUGCUGUUGUAGUUCAAUAGGUGGGAGAGCCGGUCACACAUUUACAGUGGGCUCUCCCGUUAUCAUAUAACAUUAAAUUAAGAAACCAACCUAACCCACGCUAUUAGCUAUUGACUGCUGAGAAAUCUCAUUCCUCCUGGGGGGAGGAGGAGGAGGAGGAGGCAGAUUUGAUGAAGCUUUGCAAUGUAAACCUACUUGUGUCAUAAUCCAUGGAGAAAGAGAGCGAAAGAGGAGAGGCGUUGGAGUGAACGCGCAACACUGUUGUUGCCACAACACUUGAGUGUUUUGUGUUUUGUGUGUGUAUUCUGAAAGAAUGUGUACAUGAGUAUGUCAAGUUCUCAGCCCGUGCAUUACUUGUGUGUGCUAAAUGCUGAUUCAAGGGGACAAGUGGAAGUGUUUUAAAAAGAUUCUGUUUUUGGAAAGGAAAGACACCAAGGAUUGCUUGUCCUCAUGAAAAAUGUGAAAUUGUCAUCUUUGCAAAAUGGCAAAAAAGUACCAUGCAUGAGCUGAAGAUUUCCAGUUGUUUAGCCCUUAAUAAUUUUUUUUUUCUGCUGUCUAUACACCGCCUUGCUUCCAUGCCUACAAUAGUUAUAUUCAGGAUUUAUAACCAGUGUGCCCAAACCAGACGUUGGUAGUGCUGUUUCCUUCGGAGAUGGGGUUUGAUUAAGUUCGAAUUUGAUCGAACUCAAGUUCGCCCAUGUGGAAGGCGAAUUCAACGUUGAUAGCAACUUGAAGAUGAGAUCCAUAAUUUGUUGCAAGGAACAGAGGAACACAUCCCGAGGAACAGCACUACUUGCCCUGGAAUAAUAGUUAUUCACGCAGUCUAUAAGCUUCAGUUGUAGUAGUAAUUGAAAAGGUUAUUACAAUCAUGUUCUAUUUAAAAACUAUUGUUUUGAUCAUCAUCACUUCCAUGUAUACCAAACUGUAUAAAUUGGAAUACCGAGAUUGGCAAAAGUUGUGAAAUUUGCAGACCGUAAGAACAUGAUGUAAUAAUUCUUAUCCAAUUUCUUUUAUUAAUUUUCUUUUCAGCUUCUCUUCUGUUAAUAGUUUAUCAGUUAUUAAUUGUUCAAACAGACAAUCAUUGUUUUAUGUUUUGUUGAUUAAGCAAGAAUUACCCUCAGGUUCUAAAGUGAGUCUACAGAAUUUGUUCUCAUUUCGGAUUUGGUGAAUCUGUAUGUAUGUAAAAAUCUAAAAUUAGGUUAUCGUGGAUUUGAAUUUUUUUUUCUUAAUAUCAAAGCUAGAAAAAUUUUAAUUUUACAUAUUGGUUUGAGGUAUUUCCCACAAUAAUGAUGGAAAAGGUCAUUUUAUACCCUAGAAAAUUUUCUGUCAAGCUAUCAGUUGUAAGAGCAACUGGUAUAGUAUAUAUUUUUGUAUGCACAUAGUAUACUGAUGGUAGUUUGAAUUUUCCCAUACAACUUGUGUCACUGUCUGUGUCUAUCUGUCCGUCUGUCUCAGUUGUUCUAGACCUUCAGUACAGCUGUUUGUUUUUGUGUGCCCCGAGUGUCGUCUGAAGGGCAUUUUCACAGAUGUCUUGGAAAUUGUUGUUUGAAGUUAAUUUAAAAAUUUGUUUCAUUUUUCAAAUCUUGACUGAAGAUUUGGGACAUAUCUAUGUUUGUUUUAAAGUUGAAUAUCUUUCGUAUUUAACAAUGUAAAAAAUUUAUUGUCAAGUUUCAGGACCUUUCAGUAUUUACCUAAGUCUUGAUAAAGGACUUGAGUGUUCCAAGGCCCUUUGGAAAAUUGGUUCGAAUAACAUUUGAAUCAUUAUAUAAUUUGAUAAACUCAUCUGUGAAAGUGGCAGUGUGGUUGGUGGAGGUUUGUCAGUGUGUCUCUUUUAUAUAAAUUCCCCCCCCCCCUUGUUUUUCUUUGUUUUUUUUAUUUACCAUUUAGUGCCAAAUGUUAGGUCGUAAAGAGAGACUUUCAGAUUUGGCUUGGUUUUGGUCUAGACCCAAUUUUCGUUUUUCUUGAAGAGUGAAGAAAACGGGCCUCGGGACCGGAUCUUGGAAAUACCAAAAGUGAACUCACUGAUUUUGAAUUGAGUGAAUCAGUUGUAAAAUUUUUAUUUUGUAUAAAAAAUUUUUGUAAAUUGUGUAAAAAAAUUUAGCAGGAGAUUUGUAAAAAAAACUACUUUAUAUUUUAUGUAUCCAUAAUUAGUUUUCCCAAUUUUCUUCUCUUGCUGUUUUUUGAGGCCCGUACUUUUUGUCUUUUAGAAUUUAUUCAAGAAAUAGAGUACCUGUCAAAAAUGUAAUUUUGGUUUCUGUUGUUUUGAAGUAUCCUUUUUUUUUAAAAGAAGUAUUUUGGAGUGUAAGAAAUCAAAUUAUGUCUCUAAUUUUCGUCCCAGUAGUGUUUGUGGUGAUAAGAAGAGGAAGUCAAGUCGGUAGUAAAGUUGACAACCCGUACGAAUCGGCCAAGUUUCUCUGUGGGGGUUUGGGGUUCCACCCCGAACCUCUAUUUUGAUCUCAUAACUGAAAAUUGUAGUAGAAUUCGUAGUAAUUAUUAUAUGUGUGAAUAUUGUAAAUAAGAAGAGUAUUGUCCAAAUUAUGAUGGCAAAAUUAUUGUACAUAUGAAUUAAGUAAAUAAUAAUCAGA